AUGAAAUCUGCUCAGCUUCUCCAACUUUCUUCUCUUCUUCUGUUCACGGUAUCGGCAGAGUUUUUCCUCUUCCAUGGAAAGUUUUAGUCCGUUCGGGCCUCGAUCGAUGUCGAUCAGCUCCUGACAGUCGAAGGAAGUGGCCAGAAAGUUCAAGAAGGAAUCGUCCAUGUGACUGUCGUGACGUCACGCGUCUACGACCCUUCCAAAAACGCCAGCAACCUGAAAACGUUAAAGGACACGUUAAGUUGCAGUUCCACAACCUUUGUGGUCGCACUAAGAAAGGCUCAAAGAACUCACCAAACGCUUGGAAAACGAUCCCAUCGAAAAUUUUGAAUUUCUCAAUUUUAACUUUGUUUAGCUAGACUCUCUGGACUUACAUCAAUUGUUUUCCGAGCUAUAGGGAACUUGAAAGAAUUUUAAUCACUUUUUGCUUUAGAUCCUUUCUCAUCGCAACCGUUUCACGUCGUAACUGUUUUGUCUCCAGAAAAUAGCUCUUUUCAGAUUGACUCCUACUCGAAAGAAGAGGGAAUCAAGUACCCGUCGGACCAAAUUGAACAAUAUGUGAAAAAUCACGCCGGAAAGUUUGCUGUUUUGUACAUUGUCUACGACGCUGAGUGUGAAAAGGUUAGGAAUUUUCGAAGAAUUAGGCUACUGACAUUGUAAUUUGAAAAUCUGCGGCUAAUUAGUUUGCCCAUUUCAUAAUCGCAGCCUUCUCAAAAUCUCGAAAGUUUUCAAAAAGUCUAUAAAAAAGCGUGGUCAGAAUUUUUGUUGAAACGAUUUUCCAAUCUUUUAAAAGUUUUCUUCAAUGAAUUAUGUGUAGGUUGGCAACACAAAACAUGCGCUUCUCUGAACCUUUUUAACAGCUAGAAAUUCACGUUUAUUUUUCGAAAGACAGGAUUAAAGAAAUCUGGAAAAUCUUCAGUAGCCGUUUUAGAGCUCCGGACUCAUCAAGUUUUUGUAUGAUUUUCAGGUCCAACGUUUCAUCAGAGGCGCCAAAAACCAUUCCAAAGAAGUUUCAUACGCAAUUCUCGCGUGUCCCGAUGCGAAAACCCAAAUCCUCUGA